AAGUCGGGGCUGCACCCCACAGGUCCGGGUGCCGCCAGCGCAGCCUGCGCCUUGCUGCCCGCCCGUGGGAUGGGGCUGCUGCACUCGCUGCACGCUCCCGCGGCUGCCCUGCUCUGGAGCUGCCUGCUCGGACUGACAGCUGCUCAGGAAGCCAUCCUGCAUGCGUCUGCAAAUGGCGAAUCUUCACGUUCCAAGGACUACUGCAUGUAUUAUAACAACAACUGGACACAGCUUCCAAGUUCCCUAGAAAAUGCUGCUUCUCUUAGCUUGAUGAAUCUGACUGGCACACCGCUGUGCCACCUGUCUGAUAUUCCUCCUGAUGGCAUAAAGAACAAGUCAGUGGUGGUACACUGGGGGCCCUGCCAUUUUCUUGAAAAAGCCAAAAUUGCACAGGAAGGUGGUGCUGCAGCGUUGCUGAUUGCCAACAACAGUGUCCUAAUUCCUUCCUCAAGGAACAAAUCUGCAUUUCAAAAUGUGACUAUACUAAUUGCAGUUAUAACCCAAAAAGACUUUAAAGACAUGAAAGAAACUCUCGGAGAUGAUAUUACUGUGAAAAUGUAUUCUCCAUCCUGGCCUAACUUUGACUAUACUCUGGUGGUUAUUUUUGUAAUUGCUGUGUUCACUGUGGCCUUAGGAGGAUACUGGAGUGGACUUAUUGAAUUGGAAAACAUGAAGUCAGUGGAAGAUGCAGAGGACAGAGAGACAAGGAAAAAGAAGGAAGAUUACUUAACAUUCAGUCCCCUCACGGUCGUUGUGUUCGUGGUCAUCUGCUGUGUAAUGAUUGUCCUACUGUAUUUCUUCUACAGGUGGCUUGUUUAUGUCAUGAUAGCAAUUUUCUGCAUAGCGUCAUCAAUGAGCCUGUACAACUGUCUUGCUGCAUUGGUUCAUAGAAUGCCAUGUGGACAGUGCACGAUUUUGUGUUGUGGCAAAAACAUUCAAGUGAGCCUGAUUUUCCUUUCUGGACUGAGCAUCUCAGUUGCUGUUGUGUGGGCUGUGUUUCGAAAUGAGGACAGGUGGGCUUGGAUUUUACAGGAUAUCUUGGGAAUCGCUUUCUGUCUAAACUUAAUUAAAACAAUGAAGUUACCCAAUUUCAUGUCAUGUGUGAUACUGCUAGGCCUUCUCCUCAUCUACGACGUGUUCUUUGUCUUCAUAACACCCUUCAUCACAAAGAAUGGCGAGAGCAUCAUGGUGGAACUUGCUGCUGGGCCUUUCGAGAAUGCUGAAAAGAAUGAUGGAAACUUUGUGGAAGCCACUGCUCUGCAUUCAGCUCCCCAUGAGAAAUUGCCAGUAGUUAUCAGGGUGCCAAAACUGGUGGGUUACUCAGUCAUGAGUGUGUGCUCUGUGCCUGUUUCAGUAUUGGGUUUCGGAGAUAUCAUUGUGCCAGGUCUGUUGAUUGCAUAUUGUAGAAGAUUCGAUGUUCAGACUGGGUCUUCUAUAUACUAUAUUUCAUCCACAAUUGCCUAUGCUGUUGGCAUGAUAAUUACCUUUGUUGUCCUGAUGGUGAUGAAGACGGGGCAGCCUGCUCUCCUCUAUUUAGUACCUUGUACACUCAUUACUGUCUCAGUCGUUGCUUGGUGUCGUAAGGAAAUGAGAAAGUUCUGGAAAGGCAGCAGCUAUCAGGUGAUGGACCACCUGGACUGUUCAACAGGUGAAGAAAACCCAGUGGUGACCGAUGAGCAGAUUGCACGACAGUAAUUACGUGGACUUAUAAUGAUGUGUUACUGAUUUUCUACAAAUAGAUUUGGGCCUUUUUUUCUUUUUUGCUCUCGGAGAUAGAGUCAAGACUGGAGUUCAGUCCUCCUGGCUUUGCCUCCCAAAGGUUUGGGACUAUCGCUGGUCAAUACCUUGUCCGGCAAGUUUUAAAUCAAAGUUUGGGUUGAAAAUUGGGAACAGUUACAGUGGUGUUUGCAAAUCCAUAUAUUUUUAUGAGCUGGUAAAACUCCCAUCAUACAUAGUGAAAAUGCAUUUUCUCUUAAUCAUGUUAAAGCUGUGCCUUCACAAUCAGCUAAAAACAUAGGGUUUGUGUAGUUUCCAAAUGUAUUAGAUAUGUUAUAUUUUUCUAAAAAAGAAAAAAAAAAGCUACCCUGAUCUUCCUUUGUACUUUUCUUUUUCUUUUUUCUUUUUCUCUUUCUUUCUUUCUUUUUCUUUUUUUUUAAUUUUUGAGACAGUGUUUUUCUUUGUAGUCCUGGCUGUCCUGGAACUCACUCUGUAGACCAGACUGGCCUCGAACUCAGAAAUCCACCUGCUUCUGCCUCCCAAGUGCUGGGAUUAAAGGCUGUCUGGCUCCUGUGUACUUUUCUUACUGAAAUAUUUCUCCAAAUUCUAAGGCUAGAUUAUGUAUAAAUGUCAAAGCAAGUUUCUGAGUAGAUGUUUUUGUUAAAGAUUUAUGCAACUCUUAACCCCUCUACAGAAAUAAAUACUUAAAGACUGCAAGAAGGCAGUUCAUGUAUAUGGGUGUUGCCUGUAUGCAUCUGUCUGUACAUCACAUUUGUGCCUGGUGCCUGGUGCCCACAGAGACCAGAGGAGGGUGUUGGAUCCCUGGGAUUAGAGUUACAGAUGGCUGUCAGCUGCCCUGUGGGUUCUGGGAAUCAAACCCAGAUCCUCAGAAAGAGCAACCAGUGCCCCUUACUGCUGAGCCAUCUCUUCACCCUGUCGUUUAUGCUUUUAAAAACUUGUAACCCUUUUUAAUCCUGAGGACCUAAAUUCCUUCAUCUGCAUACGCAUACUAUUAGACUGUUUUUUAGGUAGAAGGACACAUAGAGGUAGUCAUUAGAAGGAUACCAAAACUGAAUCUAGUUUCUAUUGGUACAUGGUUUACUUGAAGAUGCAGAUUAAACUUCUGUACUUACUUUUAAGUUUUAGUUCUUUUUUUUUCUGAUCUUUGACAUUUGAUUCCAUUGAUUAGGUAAGAUUUCUUCUUUUAAAUGUUUUUCUUAUCUGGCUAGAUAUUAUAUGUAUAACUUUAUUGUUUGCCUUGGCCAUCCUGACAACCCCCAUGUCAUCACCACCCCCUGCUUUCCAGUCCUUCUUUAUAAGUGAGUACGGCUAACCACAGUGUACUAAAGUUCAGCCCUGUUCUCACCUCCAACAUGAGUGGUCAGAGCAGUUGACCACUUUGCUAGCCUGCAACCUGAAAAAAAAAAUUCCUUCUCAUUCUUUCAGGUGUAUUUCUAGAAAUUGGAGGUGAAAAUUAUCUUUCAGUUUUGUUUAGUUUUAAAAUUUUCUCUAAGAAAGUACCAGGUGACAAGUCAUUGCAAAAGCUCAGGAUUUUGUAUUUCGGCAUAAAUACUACACAGGAGAUGUGAGCAAAUCCAGUCUUUCCUGUUAAGGCUAAUUCAGCUUGUCCAAAGGAAGACAAGCAUAUUGAAAAGUGGGUUAGACCUUUGAUAUUAGAAUGAAAGUUCACUUUAAAUGCGUUUUUGUUUAAUUGUUAACUUUUGCUGAGUAAAUGACAUAGAAGCAGGACUGCCAGCCCGCCAGCCCGCCAUUCUUCCAGGGGCAGGCGUGGGCCUCCUGUUUACUGCAGAAGGGCUGCCAGUGGGAGAUAAGCGCCAUUUCUCUUCAAAGGUCAAGAAAAUGUCUGCCGAACACAGCUGUCUUACUAACGUCUCCAUUCCCGUUCAAGUAGUGAUAUUCAAAAGCCCCAGUUACAAUUUUAUGAAGAAUUUUAAAGAAAAUUAUUCUUUCUAAAAUCAUGUUGAAAUAAGACAAUUUCUCAAAAUAAUUUGGUUUUAUUAAUUUGUAACUAAUAUUUUAAUUUCCUAAUCUAAACUUUUGCUCCAGAAAAACUUGAAUACAUCUACAAAUCUGAAUCCUGACUUAUUUGAAGCAUUGUCUGUUUGACCCGGCCAUCAUAUUGUUGUAAUCAAAGUCUUCUGUAUGGGCUGGAGUGGAGCUAGCUCAGAGUUGGAGCACUUGCCUACCUUGUUCAGAGUGCCUUCCCCAGCACUGCUGCUGACACAACUUACUGAGUAACUAUAAAUAACAAAAUGAAUUUCCUAGAGUCUAUCUACCCUCGCUGCCAAUUUCAUGUGUACUUAAAUAGCCCUCCUAGCAAUAUAGUUGAAAAUAGCUCCAGAAAGAAAAGAAACUACAGAAAUACUUUGUCUUGGAAAUCAAAAUGAAUUGACACCAGAGUUGAAAAUUUGGCUUUGAAAAAUUGUCACCUCUUCCUCUCCUGCUAACCUAACACCAGUAACUUUUAAGAGGUGGGGAAGUUGGACAUUUUUUUUUACUUUGAUCAUGCUUUCAAACAAAGUAUAUUGUAUUUAUUAGUACUUAUUGUAAAAUAAAAUACUUCCUAGAAAGUUCCACACUUGUGGCUUAUCAAGUAGAAAUCACUCAUCUUUUUUUUUUGUUUGUUAGUAUGUUUGUUUUCAAGACAGGGUUUCUCUGUGUAGCCUUGGAUGUCAUAGAACUCACUCUGUAGACCAGGCUAUCCUUGAACUCAGAGAUCCAACAGCCUCUGCCUCCGAAGUGCUGAGAUUAAAGGUGUGUACCACUGAUGCCUGGUGUACUCAUUAAUCAUAAAUACAUUUUUAUUUUCUUCUAGCUUGCAGCUAACUUUAGCUCAAAAUUAUACUUUAUACUAGAAUGUGAUUUAAUGUUCUUUUGAAGGAAAUCUUAUUCUUCCAUAUGCUGCUGGCAUUCGAGUAUUUUAGUUACAUGUGCAUACAGGUUUGGGUAGAGUGGCAUACCUGUAAUAACUAUCAGUGGGCUUUCUAAAUGCCUUUGCUCUUUCAAUGUCCAUAUUUCUAAAACUAUUUUUCAGUCAUGGGCCUUGCACCCAGGGCCUUGCACACACUGAGCUGGUGCUAUGCCCCCAGCAGCAUGCCCAGCUCCUGGGAGUCUGCUCUCAGGAGAAGUGGGGUGAGGCAUAUCUAGUCUGUCAACUGACUUGACCGAACUCCAGUUCGAUUCCUGUCAGUGACCUUUCAAGCUGGCAGUUGUACUCCCGAUGGGUAGAAUACACUAGUUAAAGAAGCCUUUGUAGUUUUCUUUUCCUUUCUUUUCUCUUCUUUUCUUUUCUUUUCCUUCUUUUUCCUUCCUUCCUUCCUUCCUUCCUUCCUUCCUUCCUUCCUUCCUUUCUUUCUUUCUUCCUUUCUUUCUUUCUUUCUGGAUUUGGUUUUUUUUU